AGGAAAAUUGCAGUGAUCAUCACAAGCAUUUUCUCUUAGCGUUCACCAGGUUUCUAUUGCACUUAAAGCCUCAACGAGGUUUCAAUUAUUAGGAGACCCUUUUGCGCCAGUGUGAGACAUAAAACUUCGUUUCACAGCGAAAUUGCUUGGAGAAAAUUUUUGGGGGGCCUCACGAUAUUGAGCACAUUCGAAAAAACCCAAGUUUUCGUUCUACGAUUUCAUUACCGUGGACAAAUGUUUGUUUACGUUCCAUGUGAAGCGACAAACUGGUAAGGUCUGCUUGGUUAGUGGAAUCUCUUUUCUCAUCCAGAACUAAUGUGGUAGAGUUUUAAAAGUAAGGCACAAUAAUUUAAAAAGAAAAAAUGAGUUAACUAGAUUUGGAACGCUCGGAAAAUGUGAUGAGGCUAACUCCUCAUCCAGUGCAGCGAGCUGUCAAUCACCGGCACCCCUACCACGCACGGCAACGAGGCACCCAAGCAUCUACUUACCACCCACGACGUUUCCAAGGAAGUCUACAGCCACGUAGGCAGCCACGUCCACACCUUGAGUCGCAACUCACGAUCCCGCGUUAUCUAUAAAAGACGCGCCCACGGUUGCGACGUCAAGGAGUAACACCACCGUAACUUAUACAAGUGCUUUAUUGUAUCGUGCUGUGCCAGGAGUUAAUACAUUCUUGUUAAACGAUUAUGUGCAUUAUUUAAUAUCAACUUAACAUUAUGCACACUACAUUUGGUGAACGUGUCCAGUUUUGAACUUCGUUCAAAAGAUUAACAGCCCGGAAACCCUGCAGAACAGAGAACACCAUCCGUUCGAGAUAUUGCAGACGGUCAGCAGACGUCUAAACUCCCCGCGAUAGAGUUUUCCAACCCGGAACCCUGAAGAGCAACAAGCACAAACCAUCCGAGACAUCGCAGACGGUCGUCAGACGUCUACACUCCCCGCGAUAAAGGGCAAGUCAUUUAAAUGUCAUCUGACAAUUUAACGGUAGAUUUAUACAAACCGACAGCCCCAGAAGAUGAGUCAUUAGCUGUGAAAGAGCGUCCUAUUAGAAAGAGUUUGGUUGACACCAGACGGUCAACACAGAAAGUUUACCCUACAUUAAACACUGAGAUUUCAGAAGUUCGGAUAGUUCCCAUAAAACGGACUAGAAGUGCAGAGGAAAGUCCAAAAGAAAGUGACGAAGAGAAACAGUUAACUAAGUAUCACUUAAACGAAAAUCUACCCAGCAAAAAGAAGAACAGGCUGCUAGAAGAAAGAAAUUUUUUGAAAACAGCUUUAUUAGGGAUUCAUCAAUCAAUUAAGCAAUACAAAUUAGAAUUAGAAUCAACAAAGGAUAAGUUAGCAACAAAACACUUAAAAACAAGGUUAAAAGAAAAGGAUUUAGAGUACAAACUAAUUACAGAAAAACUAGUGGCAGCAGAAACAAAGAUCCAAGAACUUGAAAAUCAAGGUCUUGCAUUAAUUCACACUACCGCCGCCCAUCAACAGGCAAUAGAAUACCAAGCACAUAAUUUGUCCCAGCAAUUAGAACAAACUCAAGAAGAAAAAUCAAAUUUAAUUUCUACAUUAGUAAAGAAAACCCAAGACGUACAUCUAUUAGAAUCCACAAUUAAAAAAGUAGAAUCAGAACAUUCGUCAGUAAAAACUAAAUUAGUAAACGAAAAAACUAGGCUGCGAAGCGAAGUGGACAAACUAAAACUAAGAGAAGAACAACUCCUCGAAGAAGGAACCAGUCUACUAAAAAAGUUUACCACAACUCAAAUUGACCUAGAGAAGUUACAGAUCAGUUACAAAGCUUUAGAAACUAAAAGCAUAGAACAAGAAAUAGAAAUUGUAACGCUUCAGGCAGAACACAAAAAACUAAUUCUGGAUCAAGCAAAGAAGAAUAAGGAAAUUUCAGACUUAUCCAAAUCAGUUGAAGAAAAACUAGAAGAAAUAGAUCUUCUAAAAAAGGAACAAGUAGAACAAAAAGACAACUUAGUGAAACUACAACUAGAAAACAAUCGACUAAGACAGGAAUUAACCAUCAAUCAAUCAACUUCACAAACCCUCCAACUGAACCAGACCCGUCAAGCAGAAGAAAAUAAUCAAUUACAGACCACAAAUCAAGCUCUAGAAAACCAAUUAAGGGAAUUCAAGAGAAACAUCGCGAUCGCAGCAAGCAGCAACGAAAUUGAAAUCGCCCAACACAAUCUGGCAAUAAGUAGUAGAAAAAUAAACUUUUUAGAACUUGAAAUUGAGGAGUUAAAACAAGCCCUCCAGCAGGAAAGACAAGCAACUAAGCAAGUAGAUACCGUAGGUAGAGAAUACGACAACUUGAAGCUAGAUUUAGAAGCACUAAAGCAAGAAAACCACGCGCUAAAAACAACUCAAGCAAUAGGAAUAGACACUGUUGACAGACUCCAGAUUCAACAAAUAGAAAUGGCAGCAAACGAAGACAUGCGUGCCUUAGCAGCAGCUAUUUCCAGAAAAGAUGAAAUCUAAACUAUACCAAUCUAUAGUGGGAAUGUAAACGAUCAACCCAUAAAGGUAUGGCUACGCGAUGCAGAAGCAAUAGCCACAAUCCACGAAUGGCCCAGGGAAUCUGUAAAAAAAUUCUUAGCCACGCGGUUGAAGGGAUCAGCCUUACAGUGGUAUGUAGAACGUUUAAGAGAGUUUCCGAGAGAAACGUACAACGAAUGGAGAGUUGCGCUGAAGGAACAUUUCCAACACCCAGCAGAUAGCGCUAAACAAAAGACACAGUUAUUUUCAGUAAAACAAUCGCCAAACCAACCAGUAAGACACUUCAUUAAUAAAAUUGAACAGGCAUUCAAUUCCAUUUAUUAUGAAGAAGAGAUCGAAGAAAAGGUCCCGAUCAGCCGGUUGGAGCCGUCGAUAAACGAGAUCCGGACUAUGGAAAAUAACAGGUUCCAUCACCCACAGAGCGGUAUCAACUUGCGAACGAUACCGCACCACGGUUUCAAAAUCUAACAUCAUCUUCAGACAACAAACGCAAACAACAACAAGUGGAAGAAAGACCAAACGCGUUCGACUCCACAAGUGAACUAAAUCUACAAAAAGAAAAUACCUCACUUACCCCUCCUACUAACAAACUUAAGAAUAUCCACCAAUAUUAAUAGAAAUAGGUCGACUCUUCGGUUAAAGGUAAAAAAGGACAUGUUUAAAAAAUUCUCACACUAUCUAUCCCCAUGUAUUCCCACUUCUGAUAAAACACCCUCCUUUUAUUAACUGGCAAGCCAAUUCUUUAAAAGAGGGAGGAAUGUGAUAAGGCUAACUCCUCAUCCAGUGCAGCGAGCUGUCAAUCACCGGCACCCCUACCACGCACGGCAACGAGGCACCCAAGCAUCUACUUACCACCCACGACGCUUCCAAGGAAGUCUACAGCCCCGUAGGCAGCCACGUCCACACCUUGAGUCGCAACUCACGAUCCCGCGUUAUCUAUAAAAGACGCGCCCACGGUUGCGACGUCAAGGAGUAACACCACCGUAACUUAUACAAGUGCUUUAUUGUAUCGUGCUGUGCCAGGAGUUAAUACAUUCUUGUUAAACGAUUAUGUGCAUUAUUUAAUAUCAACUUAACAUUAUGCACACUACAAAAAGCUCAAGGUUCAGGAAAUCACACCAGGGCAAUAAUUCCCAGUGAAUAAGAAAAACGAAGAAAGGUCCAAUUCAUUUAGCCGCCAUUGUUAUUCUUCAAUCAUGAAACAAAGGGGAAAACCGUUACGUGAAUUCAGUUUUGAUAUAUUUGACCGAAAAUAGCUGAACACGUUAUCUC